AUGAGUAUCCGAAACGUCUUCAACAGAAAUAUAAACUUGAAAUAUUUACGGGUUAAAUACCUUGUUCAGCGGAAAAUAUGUCGACAAUUAAGUAUACAAAGCGUAAAACAUGAAAAUUAUCCAAAUGUCUGCUGUUCAAACAUACAUGUAAUUGGCGACUGUUUGCUUCACAACAACAAUACUACUACUUCUAUAUUUCCUUCGUGGAAAUGGUUGUUAGCGAUUUCACUUUUAUAUGCUGGGUACGAUAGUGAAAAUAUAUUUGACCUGAUCAACCAAGGAUCAGCAGAAGAAUUAACUAGAUUUUUAAAAGAUAAUUCUAAGGCAGCUAAUAAACUUCAUUUAUUUGGAUGGGCUCCAUUACACGUGGCUGCAUCGAAUAACAAAUAUGAGCACUUGGCAGUUUUAUUAAAAUCUGGAGCAGAUCCAAAUUUAAGUGAUGGUUUUUCAAAUUGUAUAAAUGUUGCUCGAAAAAGAAACAUUAACCCUUCAGAUGUUCUAUCAAUAAGAGAGAAUCAUUUUAUGCAAAAGUUUAAUGUUAAUGCAACGUUUCAAGGAUUUACUGCUUUACAUUAUGCAGCAUUAUUAAACAAUAUUGAAUCAUUAAAAGUGCUAAUGGAUCAUGGAGCUGAUCCCAAUUUAAAAUCAGUUUCUGGCCAUAAACCAAUAGAUUUGGUUACGGACAUAACAAUUUAUGAACUACUUUCUGAUUAUGAAAACGAUUUUGAACUUAUCAAAAAUAAAAAGGAAGCAGAAAUACGAAAAAAUUUUCCUUUAGAAUUAAGAUUGAAACAAAAAAUUAUUGGCCAAGAAAAUGCUAUUAAUGAAGUCUCAUCAGCUAUUAGACGUAAAGAAAAUGGUUGGACAGAUGAUGAACAUCCAUUAGUUUUUUUGUUUCUCGGUUCAUCUGGCAUUGGCAAAACAGAAUUGGCCAAACAGAUUGCUAGCUACCUACAUAAAAACAACAAAGAUGGUUUCAUUAGACUUGAUAUGUCUGAGUAUCAAGAAAAACAUGAGGUUGCCAAAAUGAUUGGCUCUCCACCAGGGUAUGUUGGAUAUGAUGAUGGUGGUUACCUUACAAAACAGUUAGCUAAAAAUCCAAAUGCUGUAGUAUUGUUUGAUGAAGUUGAAAAAGCUCAUACAGACAUAUUGACAAUUUUAUUACAACUGUUUGAUGAGGGCCGUAUAACUGAUGGUAAAGGAAAGACGAUUGUGUGUAAAAAUGCCAUAUUUGUUAUGACAUCAAAUUUAGCUAGUGAAGAAAUUGCAGAGCAUGCUUUAGAACUAAGAAAUGAGCAACAUCAAAAUAAACUAAUUGAAGAUAGUCGGUUAUCGGAUAAAAAAAUUGAAAAAAAAGAAGAGGUUGGAACAUUUAUCUCCAAAAAAUUCAAAGAUCAAAUUGUAAAACCUAUUUUAAAAAAACACUUUAAACGAGAUGAAUUUUUGGGUCGUAUUAAUGAAGUAGUGUACUUCCUACCAUUUUCAGAAAUGGAAUUGAAAUUUAUUGUUCAAAGAGAAUUGCAAUAUUGGCAAGAGUUGGCUUUGAAGAAACAUAGCAUACAAAUCGAGUGGGAUAGUGCUGUUGAACAUGUAAUAAUUGGUGCAUAUGAUGUAAACUAUGGUGCUAGGUCAAUUAAACACGAAGUUGAAAGGUCUGUAGUAUCUCAACUAGCUAAAGCACAUGAAAAAGGAUUGCUUAAAAAGAAUACAAAAGUAAAAAUUGAAGCAGAUCUUACCAAAGGUGAUCACGGAAAUAUCUUCCUAAAGAUUUAA